AUGGUGCUGGAGUCAUUCGAGACGCUCGGAAAUGCUCACAACGCCAAUGCCAACUGCGUGGUGUCAUCGGAGACGUUCGGAAAUGCUCACAACGCCAUCGCCGACCGUGUGGUGUCAUCGAGACGUUCGGAAUGCUCACAACGCCAUUGCCGACCGCGUGGUGUCAUCGAGACGUUCGGAAAUGCUCACAACGCCAUUGCCGACUGUGUAGUGUCAUCAACACGCUCGGCAAUGCUCACAACGCCAUUACCGACCGUGUGGUGUCAUCGAGACGUUCGGAAAUGCUCACAACGCCAUUGCCGACUGUGUAGAAGUCAUGACACGUUCGGAAACGCUCACAACGCCAUCGCCGACUGUGUGCGGUGUCAUCGAGACGUUCUGGAAAUGCUCACAACGCCAUUGCCGACCGUAGAAGUGUCAACGAAACAUGUCAGCAAUACCACACAACGCCAUUGCCGACUGUGUGCGCGUCAUCGAGACGUUCGGAAAUGCUCACAACGCCAUUGCCGACGUGUAGCGUCAGCGAACAUCGCUCGGCAAUGCUCACAACGCCAUUGCCGACUGUGUGGUGUCAUCGAGACGUUCGGAAAUGCUCACAAACACGCCGACAAGGCGGAACACACAACGCCAUUGCCGACUGUGUGGCGUCAUCGAGACGUUCGGAAAUGCUCACAAACGCCACUGCCGACCGUGUGGUGUCAUCGACACGCCCGGAAAUGCUCACAACGCCAUUGCCGACUGUGUGGUAUCAUCGAGACGUUCGGAAAUGCUCAU